AUGCAAAGCCCCGCGUGGGCCUCAGCUCAGCCCCUGGCCCGUGGGACGCAGCCGCAGGCCUGCGCGGAGCCGGGCUGCAGCUGCCAUCCCGCCCCAAACCCGGAGAGGAACCAAGCGACGAGGCAGCGCCUGGCCCUGCCACCGCAGCCCCGGAGCAGGCAGGGAGGGGAGGCUGGGCCCAGGGCCAGGCGGCGACGCUGGGCACAGCCCUCGGCCUUCGGACCAGCCCCAAACCUUGGGCUUAAUGACAGCAGAGCCGGGAGGCGUGGGAAAGCGGGCGAGAGCAGAGGCCAGGCUUCUUCCAUUUAUUCUUUUUCCUUUACUGAGUUUAGUGUCAUCACUCCACCUCUCUUCUUUUAUUAUUCUUUGAUUUGUCUCCCAGUGCCCAUUCCCUCGAAGGCCAAUGGCACCACCAUUUCCACCCUGUCCAUGAACAAAGACAGCUUGAUCGGAGGGGUGACGAACCCCAACGAGGUCUUCUGCUCCGUGCCUGGGCGCCUCUCCCUUCUCAGCUCCACCUCCAAGUACAAGGUGACCGUCGGGGAGGUGCAGAGAAGGCUCUCGCCCCCCGAGUGUCUCAACGCCUCUCUCCUCGGCGGAGUCCUCCGCAGAGCAAAAUCAAAAAACGGGGGUCGGUGUUUAAGGGAGAGGUUAGAGAAAAUCGGACUAAAUCUACCUGCGGGAAGGCGCAAAGCUGCCAACGUCACCCUGCUGACGUCCCUCGUGGAAGGCGAAGCCGUUCACCUGGCUCGGGAUUUUGGGUACGUGUGCGAAACGGAGUUCCCAGCCAAGGCGGCGGCAGAGUACCUGUGCCGACAGCACUCCGACCCCACGGAGCUGCACACCAGGAAAAACAUGCUGCUGGCUACCAAGCAAAUUUGUAAAGAGUUUGCAGACUUGAUAGCCCAGGAUCGCUCACCGCUGGGGAACAGCCGCCCUUCACUCAUCUUAGAGCCCGGUGUCCAGAGCUGUUUGACUCAUUUCAGCUUGAUAACCCACGGCUUUGGGGGCCCAGCCAUCUGCGCAGCGCUCACAGCCUUCCAGAACUACCUGGUAGAGUCCCUUAAGGGGCUGGAUAAAAUGUUCAUGAACAGCACAGGGAAUGGGCACACGGCCGGAGACUCCAAAGCGUCAGAAAAAGAAGUGAAGCAUCGGAAAUAACGUGCUGUCUCCCUCCCCCUGCCCAGUGGGAGCUUCCCCCGGCUGCCGUAGAUAGCGCAGGGUGGGAAUGACGAUCCAGUGCACUGUUUUCUGAACUGCUACAUUUGAACUUGGGAUGAAACUCGUAAAGCAAACAAAGAAAAGACAAAAAAAGAGAAGAUUUAAAGAAUUUAAGAAGAAAACAACUCUAACGGACAUAGUGAGAAUGAGAAACUAAGCCAGAUUGAUGGCUUUUGGGUUUUGCCUUUUUUUUUUUUUUUUUUUUUUUUUAAUUGUGGAUGCAGGAAGCCAAAUCAUGUGCAAUUUUAUUUUGUUUUGUUUUUUUAAAAACCCAUAGUGAAAUCCUGACGUGCUCCGGGAAUUGGUUCCAACUGAAAAAAAAAAAAAUGAUAAGAAAGAGCAAAAGCCUCAUCAAUGCAAGAACCAGAGGCACGAGCAGCAGAGGGCAGGGAGUUGGACCGCUGGCUGUACCCGGAUGGAUCAGCUGGUUUUGACAAGCAGACACAGAGGGAACCUUCCCAUUUCCCCACCUACAGCCCAGUCCUAAAGCCAGGCCACGAGAAAAUCGCCAGCAGAAUUGCUUUGGGGUUAAAGCAGUUUCAGACUUCGUUUACAGUCUUCAAACUGAGACUCACGGCGGAUUCUCCCCCGGGCUGAGGAGCCCCGACGAGGGGAGGAACAAACCGCCCAGGCGACGGUUCCCAGGGCAGGAAGGGAGCCAGGAGAGCCUUCCCCACUGCUGCGGCCACAGCUGGGGAUAAAGCAGGUGAAGUUAAACCCAGGACUAAUUAAAACUCCACAACCCACAGAUAACAGCAUACAAGUUUCUAAAAUUAAUAAUAAUUGCUAAAGCACAAGGAGCAGAACUUGAACCAGGCCAAACUGAACUGUUCUAAAUCUGUAUAUAUUUAUUUAUGUGUAAUUAAAAUCUGAAAGUUUUAAAAUGUCCAGUGCAAGUUAUUUAUAUCAAAUUGAGUUGGUUCUUUGUUUUGCCUUUUUUUUUGGUUUGGGUUGUUUUUGUUUUGUUUUUUUAAAAAAAGAUGAAAGUCUUUGGAUUUUCUGCCAUUAGGAAUGGGAAUGAAGUUUUGGAUACACAAAACCGUAGCAUGGACAAGAUAGGCUGUGAUGAUAAUGACUAUAGAAGUUCUGCAGGAUUUUGUACUUGCUGUUGUUUCUCUUAAUGCUGCAAUAGAUGUACAACACCCACACCACAAUGUCACUCUCAUUAUCUCAAUAAACCUCUUUUUAUUUGAAGAAAGCACCUCCAUCGUCUUUGUGAACAAGGAGCCUUCUGCCUCUGUGGUUGUAUCUUGAAAUAUUACAUAGAUUUAAGAAACCGUAUCCUCCAGUUUCGUGGCUGACGUUUGGUGCUCGGUGCAGUCACAGAGCUCAGAGGAUGACAGGAGCUGGUGGAUGCCCUGAUCUCAGAGGCCGGCGCAGCCCAGCCGGCCGGCGCCUC